UAAGUAACCAAAACCACUGACAUGAAACCUGAACCGUCCCGUUAGUGUUGAUCAUGAAACCAGCCAACACAGUUCUCGUCAAAUCAUUCCACUCAGCUAAGGUUCGCCAUGACAACAGGUCAUUGCAUCCUGAUGGCGACUCUGGGCAUGAACUUCUGGUUUGUCUAGUCCAGCCUCGAUUAUUUACAAGUAAUAAUUUCGAUGUUUGAUAACAGACAAGUAGAAAGUAAAUCGAUAGGUGUGUCUUUUUAUUGAUUCAGCUAUACCUUACUAACUUAAACUAAACAGAUGGUAUACAUUGUCUUUUAUUCAGUCCUCGAUAAAAAUAACCGUGGAGGUGUAUAACAAAGAUCACACUUCCAGUGAUGACCACAUGGACACCCUGUCCAAGCUGAUCAACAUCCGAGCCGCUGUUACAGAACAGACAGCUAUGUACAACUCAUACACAUUGUCGAGGAGGACGACGUUAAAGAUUGCUGUCCGUGCAUACUGCGACCCCGACUGGUACGGGUCUGCGUGUGAGAAAUAUUGCAAGGCAACAACUGACCACAGUCACUACACCUGCCACCCACACACAGGAGCUAAAAUGUGCUUUGAAGGUUGGAAGGGAGACAGCUGCAACAAGGACAUCGAUGAAUGCACAGAAACUGACCAAAUGUGUCAACACGGAGGCACUUGUACAAAUACAAACAGACGUUUCGAGUGCGCUUGUGCGGAGGGGAUCAAAGACACAUUCAACAUCACUCUCCUGGGUGAGAUUGAUCAUACAAAUAGAGGUGACCUGGCUGUUGGCUUGAACAGACUCAUCACCGAACUCGGGGGAAUUCCAGGAAAGGUGGAUGUCAAGUUUAAAAACAAGACACAGAAAGAAAGCAAGUAA